CCCAUGCUUCAGUUACCCUGUGGGACCUGUUUCUCUGUGUCUUGGAUUCUGUAACAUACGCGCAGAGAGAGAGAGAGAGAGAGAGAGAGAAGAGCAGAGCAGAGAAGAAAACGCCACCCAACCAGAAAAAUAGAAAGAAGCUAUAGCAUAGCAUAUCAACAGAAACAGUUGCUUGCUUGCACGAUCUCUUUAAGCAAAUCCCAAAAAUAUAUAUAAUAGUAGUAUUUCUUUAUUAUAGAUAAAGCAAAAAAGAAAAGAAAAGAGGGUGGCUUUUCUCUCUUACGAUCGUUCCCUUUCAGUUUCAGAAUUUCAUGUGUUUUGUUUCUUUUCGUCCUUUACACACAUGGGUUCGCUGAAAGUUGAGAUUUUGAUGGUGGGUUUGGGUGUACAUAAAGCUUUGACAAGGCACCACCGCUUCUGCACUAUUGGUUUCGUGUUGUGGGUUAAAGAUCUUGUGGAAAUAUUUCCUGCUUGGAGUUGUCUAUAAUUCAAAAUUUUGACUAGAUCUUGGGUUUUCUCUUGUGAGUUUUGUUCUGUAUAUCUCUUUCCUACCUGAUGGCUGAGGAGAAUGUCAAUUUACCAGCGACCCCAGAGACAAUUAAGCCAAAUGGGAAUAGUUUGAGAGGAAACUCUACGGGAAAAGCAAGCUCUUUAAACAGUGGAGAAAUUGUUCCUCAUUAUCUCAGGGUGUCUACUGGUUCCUGUCAUGAUUUUUGUAAAUAUGGGAGGAAACAUGCAUUUGAAGGAAAGGCAAGAUGUCCUAUACUGAAAAAAGUUGUAAAAAAACCACCUGACAGCGAAAACCCAUUAGUGAGAGUGGAUCUGCCAGAGAUGAAGAAGAUGACAGUGGUCAGGCUCGAGCCUUCACCUGACUCCAAAACCCAUUUAUCUGAUGUUCCUCAGACCAUUAAACAGAAAGUGUCAACAAAAUCACCUGGCAGCAAAAAUCCUGGAGAAAGUAAAUUUCUGACAGAGAGGAAGAAGAUGUCAGGGGUCAAGUUUAAAUCUUCCCCUUAUUCAAACACACAUAAAUCUAAUACCCAAAAACCCAUGAAGGCAGAAGUGUCAUCGUCUCCCAAAAAGGUGGAAGCUUCUUCGAGAAAAGGUUCAUCAAAAGCUAAAGAUUUAAACUUGUCCGCAAAACAUGCUACCCCUUUGAAGCCAAAAUCUGUGGCAGUGAAACCAAUGUCUUCUCCUAAUUCCUCAGGAGGUAUAAGUGGCCUAAGAAAGAGUGAUGUCAAGAUUGGCAAGAUGACGGGGACCUUAAAAGUAGCUGUAAAGAAAGCCCUGGCUUCCCCACAAGCCUCGUUGUCAUCGAAUUCUUCUGUCAAUAGAGUAGCUGUAAAGAAAGCCCUUGCCUCCCCACAAGCCUCAUUGUCAUCAAAUUCUUCUGUCAAUAGAGUAGCUGUAAAGAAAGGCCUGGCUUCCACACGAGCCUCAUUGUCAUCAAAUUCUUCUGUCAAUAGAGUUGCAAAUUCAAAUGAAAGAAAGCUCAGGAACAAGAAAGUUGUGUCUCCCCUUAUGAAUCAGAACAAGAUUAGAAAAGCUGAACCUAAGCAACCCAACAAUGAAGAGGUCCCAGAGAAAACCUUGUAUGUCAUCAAGGUGGAAACUGAGAACAAACCUUUGAAAUCUGCUCAAAAUGAAAGAAUUGCAAUUGAACUGUCACAUGCUCUAUCAUCAUCACUGAAGUCUACAUCCCUCCCAAAUAUUCUGUCUUCUUCAACCCAUGAAGAAGAAUAUCAAGAGGAGUCUGAAUAUACAAUGAGUGAAGCAGAAGAUGACUCACCCUUGGAAAAUAGUGAACUUGAGGAUACUGAAGAAGCAGACACCUUGGAAGAGGGAUACAAAGGGAGGCCCAGAAAGGCUGGGAUGGUUUUUUCUGAAGAUAAAAAUUCCCAACCUUCAAAAUUGAAGUUCAGGCAGGGGAAGGUGGUUGAUAUUCAGUCUGCAAAUAACAGUCCAAGGAGGCUCAAAUUUAGGCAAGGUAGAAUGUUGGGGGAGAACCAAAUUGUCAAGGCCAAUGCCCGAAGGAGAGGCUUUAAAAGGACAGGUAGAGGUGAUGGUGACACAAAGAGUAUGGAAGCUGAUCCACCAAAAGUUGUUUUGAGGCAUCAAGAUAUGCAGGGGAAGAAAGAUGCUCAGGGUUUGUUUAAUAAUGUAAUAGAAGAAACGGCAAGUAAACUUGUUGAAGCCCGGAAGAGCAAGGUUAAGGCCUUGGUUGGUGCUUUUGAAACUGUGAUCUCCCUCCAAGAGAAAAAACCUGCAAACGUUGUUGCUUAAGUUUUAGAGAAAGAAAAAAAAAAUUUAACAUUCUGUAACUUCGUUGUUUUGUAAAGGAAUGAUAGGAAAAUAAAUCUAAGCUUGUAAUGGAGAAGUGAAUUAACAAGCUUAUGAAGCUGCAGCAGCAUAAUAGUAGAUUGCUACAAUUGACAUUACAGGCCUGGGUGUAGAGUUUAGUGGAGAGUGUGGUGUGUACUGAUCUUAACAUGCUUCAUAUACAUGUUUCUGAAGGGUAUGCUGCUUCUUGCUUUCCUUUUGAAUUUCAUACCUUGUGUGAUUGAUUUGUAUCUUGUGAAUAAAUCCAGCAUAUCCUUGACUUCAUGUACUUUACUCUUUGAGUGGGAGAAAAAAAAACUAUACAAUUGUUCAUCAUUUAGUUGUA